UCUCUCUCUCUCUCUCUCUAGAUUUCUCUUGUAGCUAUUUUUGGUUUUGGAAGAGUCCUUGCUUUGUUUUAAGAGAUGGGAAGCAGCAGUUUUGGUGAUUUUGGGUUGAAUGAUAAUAAUAGUAAUAGGAAUAAUAAUAAUAAUGGAAGAUCAUCAUCUGGGUCAUCUAGGAAGGGGAAAAAGUGUGGCCUGGAGAAGCCAAAGCAACCCCAAAGAGGUCUUGGAGUAGCCCAACUUGAAAAGAUUAGGCUGCAAAAUCAAAUGAUGUCCACAUACUUUCCCUCCUUCCAAUCUUCCUAUCAAAGUGAUCAUACUAACAAGCAGGAAGAUAUGAGAACACAUUUGGCAUUUCAAUCAUGUCCGACUUCUUCGAGCCUUCGCCCGAAUAAUUACAUGAUGGGCUUUGGAGAGACUACAACCAAUGACAUCAGAUUUACUGGAUGCCAUCCUAGUGCAACAGCCAGAUCUUUAUCUGCUGGCGAUGAAAUGUUUCUUACCUAUGAUUUUAUGAGACCAAUUGAGACUCUACCACUUCUAGCACAACCAGUUGAGGACUCUGUACAGAAGAGGAGACGGAACGACCGAUGUCGUUCAAUGGGUUCAGUUAGUAAUAACUCUGAUUCAAGUGAUCAGUCACAAGAACUAGACUUAGAGCUCAGAUUAUCUCUAUAAUUAGGUGCAUGCAAGGAUUCAAGUCUAUGGAUGAUUAAUUCCAGUUCUCUCUCUCUUUUUUCUUUUUCUUUUUUUCUUGCAUUGCACAAAAAAUAUCCAGUGUUAAGACAUUUUUGUAUGUAUUUGAGCUCAUGACUCAUUAAAAAGGAUGAAUUUGAUUACAUCUUUUUUCCUUUUUUCCUUUUUUUUUUUUUUAA